UUUUAUUUUAUGGUCAAAAGUUUGUUUGGUAAGAUAAAGUGGCUCGAUUUUUUUUUUAAUAAUGUUAUCACUUGUUUUUUCUCGUCAACUAAGAAAGAGGAGGUCAAGUCAACAAAACCCACGAGGCCACGACUACAACCAAACACAACCACGAUCGACUGCUGUAGCCGGUGUAGCCGACGUUCGAGUAAACUCACCUGCAUUCUUGAUUCUUCGUUGACACGGUUUAUAAAGAAGUAGCGGAAACUAAGCAUCGAUGAUUAUGGAACCGCGGCAUGAUGAGUUCUCUGAUUACAUCAAUAGUUUCUCUUUGGAUGAUGAGAGUAUCCUGCCUAUCUUUGGUCAGUCGCCAGGCCUUGCUAAUGGAUACCGAUUCAGAGAAGAACCUUUAGAUCUCAGCUUUUUAGAAGCUCCUAACAGGGAACCAAAUUCUGGCCCCUAUACUUCAGAUUCCUCUUCACGCAUGUCCACACAAGUAGACUCCCCCGAUGACUUUUCAGAUUGUGUUGUUAGGUACAUAAACCAGAUUCUCGUGGAAGAGGAUAUGGAGGCUAAACAGAGCAUGUUUCAUGACCCGUUAGCUCUACAAGCAACAGAGGAAUCAUUCUAUGAAGCCCUUGUUGAGAAAUACCCUCCUUCAAACGUUGAAAUCCCCGAAGAGAACUUAUUCAGUAGCGCAAGUGACUACAGUACAAACAGUAGCAACUCCAAUGAUUCUCAAUGGCCUGGUGGUGAUUCUCUUGAAGCCAAAUCAUCAUCAUUUCCACAAACACAUUCUCUUGAAUACCCUUUGUUGUCUUCGUUUGGCUCUACCACUAGCGUUACCAAUGAUGGUUUCAGCACAUUGAAUUCAAUGGUAAACACACACAUCAUUGAAAACAUAUUCACUGAUAACGAAUCUAUCUUACAGUUCAAUAGAGGGAUGGAGGAAGCUAGCAAAUUCCUCCCUCCUAGUAAACCCAUACUCAUCGAUUUAGACAAAUACAACUUACCUUCAAAUCCAAGACAAUCUCCUACAAAAGUGGUUGUCAAGGAAGAGAAUGUCGAGACAAAAGGUAACUCAUUCAGUGGAUUCAGGGGAAGGAAAAAGUAUCAUCGUGAGGAUACCAGUUAUGAGGAAGAAAGGAGUAGCAAACAGUCUGCUGUUUUUGAGGAAGAAGUCGAGCUAUGUGAUAUGUUUGAUAGAAUCGUUUCUUGUACAUAUAAUGAAUGUUCUUCCACAUCCGUCUCUGAAGAACCACCUAAGCCUGUAGUAAACAAAAAAUUACAGCAAAAUGGACAUGCUCAUAGAUACACCAGUGGUUGGAUUGAUCGUUCUUGGGGAGGAAGCUCAGGUGAACCCACAGAUGUUAGAACUCUAUUGGUAAACUGUGCACAAUCAGUUGCUACUGAUGAUUAUAUAACUGCAAACGAACAGCUAAACCAAAUAAGACAACACGCUUCCCCUUCUGGUGAUGCCCCACAAAGGUUAGCUCAUAUCUUUGCUAAUGGUCUUGAAGCACGCUUAGCUGGCAUCGGUUCUCAUCUUUACAUGUCUAAAAGCACCAUAAAGAUCUCAGCUUCUGAAAAGCUGAAAGCUUAUCAGUCUUAUAUCUCAUCUUGUCCUUUCAAGAAGAUUGCCAUUUUCUUUGCUGGAAAAAUGAUAUACGAUGCAGCUUCAACACAUUCCACUCUUCAUAUUGUAGAUUUUGGUAUUGCAUAUGGAUGUCAGUGGCCUAUUCUCAUCAAACAUCUUUCAGAAAGGCCCGGGGGCCCACCUAAGCUGAGAUUCACCGGAAUAGACCUCCCAGACCCUGGUUUUAGACCCUCUGAAAGGGUGGAGGAAACAGGGCGUCGUUUAGCUAACUAUUGUGCAAGAUUCAAUGUCCCAUUUGAGUAUAACGCAAUAGCAAUUCAAAACUGGGAGUUGAUCAAGAUUGAAGAUCUGAAGCUACAAAGAAACGAGUGUCUUGCAGUGAACAAUCUGAUUUCUUUCAAGAACUUACAUGAUGAUUCGGUUAUGGAGAGCAAUCCACGAGAUGGUGUUCUGAAGUUGAUUAGGGACAUGAAGCCUGAUAUGUUUGUUCAAACUGUAGUGAAUGGAUCUUACAGCUCUCCAUUUUUUGUAACCCGUUUCAAGGAGGCUCUUUUUCAUUUCUCUUCAAUGUUCGAUAUGUUUGAUGCUACUUUAGAUCGUGACGAUGAGGAAAGGUUGAAUUUUGAGAGGGAGUUUUGUGGGCGUGAAGCUCUAAAUGUGAUUGCAUGUGAAGGUGGUGAGAGGGUGGAAAGGCCUGAGACUUAUAAACAGUGGCAAGCUAGGAAUUUAAGAGCUGGGUUCAAGAUCAAACCUUUGGAGAGGGCUUUUGUUUCUAAACUGAGGGGGAAGGUGAAAGCAGGGUAUCAUAAGGAUUUUGUGUUUGAUGAUGAUGGGAAAUGGGUGUUACAAGGAUGGAAAGGUAGGAUUCUACGUGCUACUUCUUGUUGGGUCCCAGCUUAGGUUAGGUUAGGAGGAGUCUUCUGUUGUGUUGCUGAUUCUGAAUGAAAAGGGGGAAUUCCUUUGGGCUUUGGGUGCGUCUUUAAUGGAGCUCUCCUGUGUGGAUGUUUUGAAACUUGACAGAAGAUGAUAUUUGCUGUGGUGGCUGCUUCUCCUGGAAGUCUGUUUGUGGGUUAUAAGAAGAAGAAGAAGAAGAAUGACAUACAAUACCUUAUAAGGAACAGUUUUGCGAGCUACAUGUAAAUUAUGCAUCGUAUCUAUCUUGUCAUUAACUAGUUUUUACUUAAAACAUGGAUUGAUCAUAUAUAUCAUGGUCUGUUAUAUACAAUAUCCCAGUUGGAACAGAA